AUGUCUUCAAAGCUCUGUUUGCCUUGUCGAGAUGCAUUCCUCUCGGAACCAAAACCUCUGCAUCGCGAUUCCACCAUCGCCUGCACUCCCUUCCACGAGGCGCCGUGGAAAGCAUUCCAGAAUGAUACGCACUCAUCUCAAGACAUAACCGAGUCCGUGAAGGUUUGCGAAUUUUGCUCCUUUGUCGUCGCGUUAUCAGCGGCGGACAAAGCCCCUGGCAAAUAUGGGAACGGAUCCUUCGUUGAUUCGGCCAGCAAAACAUCUUGGAGGACGCAGGGCGAGCCGAUGCUAGCGCUAUGGCAGUAUAAUGAGUAUGCAUAUGAAGGCCAUAUUUCAGCGGAUCUCGGUCUCAGCAGGAAUCCUCGUGUGAAAUGCCAGAGACCAAUCGACACGACGUCAACAAGUACAUCCAGUGAGACUAGUUUUGAAUGCUUGUCUAAAUGGAUCAAGAAUUGUUCGGAGAAUCAUGAGUCAUGCAACAAACUACAUGCCCGCAUUGGUGAGAACAAAGAUUGGCUUCCAGCUCGGCUGGUCAAGAUCAUUCCAAAUACCGACGGCAUGCCUGGGAUCAUCAAAGUUGUUGAAACGAGCGCAAACGACGAAAUUCCUCUUAGCAUAGAAUAUGCCACGUUGAGCUACUGUUGGGGAAGCGAACCAUUCACGAAACUACUCAGAUCUAACAUCGAGAGCAUGACCACUACUGGGAUGCCGAUAAAAGACCUACCAGCAACAUUCCGUGAUGCAAUCACUGUCACAAAUCGCCUCGGUAUGGAGUACAUAUGGAUAGAUGCUCUUUGCAUUAUUCAGCUUGAUGCGGAAGACUGGGGCCUACACUCCGUUACAAUGGCCAAAGUCUACUCAUACUCAGCCAUCACGCUCGCAGCAGCAGCAUCAUCAGACGCAUACGGGGGUCUUUUUCGCGAACGCGAUCCCGCAGGCAUCAAUGGUGUUAACUUGCACUUAAAAUGGCCCGCACACCACCUAGAAGGAGAAUUUCAUCUGGUCCCAGUAGAUCCCUGGGACAAAGCGGUCGGAAACUCGCCGCUGCUGAGACGUGCAUGGGUAUUCCAAGAACGACUUCUGUCCCGAAGGACUGUCUACUUUGCUCACGACAUGCUUUACUGGGAAUGUGGUGAGCUAUAUGCCUCAAAGCUUUAUCCUGAAGGGGGGCCUUGGGAUCUGCAGUACCGAUACAAGAGGUUCGACAUAUCUGAUAGGCUUCCCUCUGGCGUGCAGUCGGUAGAGGAUUGCAGGUUCAAGCAUAUAUACACGGAACUUCUCACGCGAGAACUGAAUUCAGAGAAGACAGUCACGGAUGAAGAGAUGUUUCUGUAUGUAUGGGCUUCAGUGGUGGCUCAGUACAGCGUCGGCAAGUUGACGAAAGACGCUGAUAAACUCAUUGCAAUUGAUGGCGUAGCUGAGCAGUUGACAAGUAUUGUACCGAGAGAGCAGUAUCUCAAUGGACUCUGGAAACAAGACAGUCUUCCACUUUCUCUACUAUGGAGCACCAUAGAGGAAGAGCAGCCGACAAGUACCCGCGUCGCGCCAAGUUGGUCAUGGGCAUCUGUCUACACGCCCGUUAACUUUAACUUCCUAUUCCGAGCACAGACCGACCCUAAAGUGGUUACAAAAGUCAUCGAUAUCAUCACCCCCGACGAUGAGCCAGAAAGCGUUGAGAUGUCGCGCCGAACGGCACUGGUUUUUCAAGGGCCUCUUACAGAAGUACGCUUUCGGUCUGCUUCACGCAAUGGACUUGGGCCCUUACAUUCAAACUGGUGGAUAAGCCACAAGACGAUGAGAGAUCGCAUCAAGUUCUUGAAUCCAAUUGACCUGACGCCUAUGCUUGUAUUCGUUGGUAAAGGUUUGAAAGCAGAUUAUCCAUGUGAUAUCUCACUAGAUAGGGAGGUGCCGAAGAACAGUCGGAUCUUCGCACUCAAGAUUGCGGAGGCUGAUAUUAGACAACCAUGGCAGGAGAGAUUGCCGUCUGAGUGCGGCUUAUUGUUGAUCGCAGACCAAGAAAGAGGGGCUUUUAGGAGGAUCGGCAUGUUUGAGAUUGCUGCUGAGAAAAUGAAGAGGGAUUGGGCAGACCAGAAGACACCAUUCACGUCGAUAUCUAAGUUGAGGAACGGAAUCUGGAGUGAUUCAUGUAUAGAGAAGAGGUUUUAUUUGAAGAGGGAUGGCAAAGACGGCUAUACUAUCAAGAUAGUCUGA